ACAACUUGAAUUCUCCCCUUACAGUGAAAAAUAUUAUAAUGUAAGAAAAGUCAGAAUUUAAUUGUACAAAGUUGAUACAGCGUUAUGGUGCAUGUAUUAUCUGAGAUCGAGGACUAUCCAUCUCCUUGGAAUAGUACCUUUAUAAAAUACAUAAUGUUUUUGGCUACACUGCCUACGCUUGAUAAUAGCACCUGCAUAUGACAACGGCCAGUAUUUCCCCGGAUAAUUACUGUAUAUGGGUGUUGUAUCGAACACGGAGACAGACAGGAUGUGGAGCUGAAAGAAAGAAGGCGGAGAAUAGUUGAAAGUCGCUGGAAACGUCGCAAAAUCCGAAAAGAUUGCAAUGGAAUGAUGCCCUUUAUUUAGGAAAAACUAACAACGAAAGGCUUGGGAUAUCCGAAUGUGCCACCGUGCUGAUGCCGUGGUGGCUGAUGGGGAAUGUUCUACCUGUCGUUACUCCUUUUGUCUCCAUGGAUAGGACCCCAGCAAGCCUAGAGGAAUGUGGAUGAAAGAGUGAUCCGGCCUCCAACAUAAAGUUAUCCCUCCACUGAACCAAAUAGAGCUGUUUAUACACAAAUAAUUUAGCCUAGCAACUGGCUGCCACCAUAAUGAUACCCAGGCUGGUCUGGGUGUGCCUGGCACUGAUAGGGGCGAGGAGCUGCCACGCCCACAGUCUGUUUACCUGUGAACCCAUCAAGGUGCAUCGCUGCCUGGGGAUGCUCUACAACAUGACCUUCUUCCCCAACAUGAUGGAGCACUAUGACCAGGACAUAGCAGCCAGCAGGAUGGAGCCCUUCAUGCCGCUGGUCAACCUGCGCUGCUCUCCAGACGUACAUCACUUCCUGUGUCAGGCCUUUAUCCCAGCAUGCACUGAGGACACCAAAGUCAUCCGGCCAUGUCGUGACCUGUGUGAGAAAGUGAGGUCAGACUGCAGGAAGGACAURGGCACCUUCGGCAUCACCUGGCCURRGGAGCUGCAGUGCGACAGAUUGGAYMAUUGCCUCUACUCUCCWGAUGGCUCAGRCCUGCCACCAACCAGACUGACCACACCCAAGACCUCUCUGUCUGCCAAGAGGGACAUGGGCUUCUGGUGCCCCCUUCAGCUGAAGACCCGACCCGGCCAGGGAUCCACGUUCCUGGGUGCCGGGGACUGCGCUCCCCCUUGCGCCAACAUGUACUUCAAGCCCCAUGAGAUCGAGUUCGCCAAGACCUUCAUCGGGGUGUGCUCCAUCGUCUGCCUUUGCGCCACGCUCUUCACCUUUCUCACCUUCCUCAUCGAUGUCAAACGCUUCCGCUACCCCGAACGGCCAAUCAUCUUCUACGCCGUGUGCUACAGCUUCGUGUCGCUCAUCUACUUCAUUGGCUUCCUGCUGGGGAACAACGCAUCCUGCAACAAGGCGGUGCACCCGGCUGCCAUGGACACGGUGGUGCUGGGCUCCCAGAGUAAAGGCUGUACGGUACUCUUCAUGCUACUCUACUUCUUCUCCCUGGCCCGGCAUCGUCUGGUGGGUAUCCUCACCAUCACCUGGUUCCUGGCCGCCGGGCCCAAGUGGAGCUGCGAGGCCAUCGAGAGAAGAAGGCGGGUUUUCCACUGCGCUUGGGGGAUCCCCGGAGCACUAACUGUCAUGCUACUGGCUCUCAACAAGGUGGAGGGAGAUAACAUCAGCGGGGUGUGCUUCGUGGGGCUCUAUGAUUCUGGACGAACGCUGCGGUACUUUGUGCUGGCGCCACUGUGUAUCGGGGUUGUGGUGGGGCUGUCUCUGCUCCUGGCUGGGAUCGUGUCGCUCAACAACGUGCGUCAGGUGAUCCAGCAUGAUGAGAGGAACCAGGAGAAGCUGAAGAAGUUUAUGAUCCGUAUUGGGGUGUUCAGUGGUCUGUACCUGGUGCCCCUGGUCACUCUGCAGGGGUGUUAUAUAUAUGAACAGAGCCAGCGCUCCACCUGGGAAAACACCUGGAUCAAUGACCGUUGCCAGGAGUACAGCAUUCCCUGCUCACACAAGACUACAGAGUCUGGUCGUCCAGACCUGUCCCUAUUCCUGAUUAAAUACCUGAUGACCCUGGUGGUUGGGAUCUCAGCUGUGUUCUGGGUCAGCAGCAAGAAGACCUGCUCAGAAUGGGCCUUCUUCUUCAACAGGACCAGGAAGAAAGACCCCAUUAGUGAGAGCCGCAGAGUUCUCCAGGAGUCCUGUGAGUUCUUCCUCAAACACAACAGCCGUGUCCAGCACAAGAAGAACCACUACAACCCCGGCUCCCACAAACUCAAGGUCAUCUCCAAGUCCAUGGGCACCAGCACCGGUGCCUCAGCCACAGGCAACCACGGCACCUCAGCAGUGGMCAACCAUGAGGRCARCCGGGGRCAGGCUUCUUUCUCUGAGGCCAGGGGCUCAUCUGAGGCCUCUGCCAGGGAGCAGCUGGAGAGAGGCAYCUCCACCCGUGGCUCCAGGCUGGGGGAGAGGGASAGGGAGAYGCAGCCCAGUGGACAGGCCCUGUCUGGYGGGAGAGAGGGGGCAGAGAGACGUAGUAAGAAGGGCAGCUCCAGCAAGGUUAGCAGCCGCUCAGAGAGCUUCCACAGAGUCCCAGAGGGAAGGAUGACUCCCCGGAGUGAACUAUCAGAGACGAGACAGGUGCCCAGUGGACAGCACCUGGCUUUAAGCCACUCCCACAGCGGCAGUGCGAAAGGCUCCGUCCCUCACCUGGUUCGCCAGUUACCAGAGAAGAAAAAGGACAAGGACAGCAGCUUCUGAGCCCAACCAGCAGGCUCCUAUGAUACUUAACACCAACAGAGAUGGGCAACUCUGGUCCUCAGGAGCUGGACUGAGUGUCUGCUGGUUUUUGUUCUUCCUUUCAAAUGAGCAACUGAUUUAGCCUGUCAUACCAUACCAGAUGUGUACACUCUCAGAACAAUCAGUGAUAUUAGUGGAUGGAUUUAAGUACCAGAGGGAGAAGAGAAAACCAGCAGGAAGUCAAGAAAAUCCAGAGGACAGGAGUUUUCCUUCACACCACAGAGACAGGAAGGAGGAGACUAGGUGGGCCACCAGGGUCCUAGAGAGCUCCCUUCAGUGACCGACCCAACAGGUGUAGCUACUGUACAUCAGUCAGCUUGACUGGAUCACUGGCCACAUCAAGGUGAAUGAGGUUAGAGAAUCA